UAAAUAAACAGAAUUUUUAAUUGGUUGGCCGCUCUACGCGGAUUGAAUAUAAUGCUAACUCCGACCAUAUUAAUUACGUAAUAAAUUUCUGAUUAGAAAUCAAAGUUAUCUUAUCUUAUCAGAUACAGAUUCCCAUCAGAUAAAAAUAGCCGCUUUCUCAAACAUCCAAAGUUGAAAUCAAAAAAAAGCGCCGGCCAUCAACAAAUACACGUCGCCUUGAACUAUACCUGUUUCCCAGAGCAAAACAUCGCAGAUAUUGUAUUGCUCUAUCAUUCAUAACUUCUCUAUACCAUGCACAAGAGUAUUCCCUCUUCCGCCGUCUUCCGGCGUAUCGGACCGACGCCUGCUCGACAACCGUUCGGCCAAACGUACAGCAGAAUUGCUCAACGCGACAAGGAACAGUGUUUUCUCUGUCAAAACGGACUAUACAGACGGCUUACACACUCUCAGUCUCGGAAAUUCAACACUCUAUGCUCCCUGCCCUUCCAGAGCCCACUACCGAGAGCUGCUUCCAGACGAGCCGAACCUGCAUCGCAACCAACCUCCGAAGAUAUAUCACCGGGUCUGGCUGCAAAAAUCCCUGAUAUUACGACACACUACACUAUAUUCCCCAAAACUUUGCCGAAAGGUCCUCCGCCAAAGGGUGCAUUUGACAUUUCGCUACCCGACCUUCGCCGCGAAUUCCUCUCCCUCCAAGGCCUUGCACACCCGGACAAGUUUCCUGAAGGCCCAGCAAAGCGAAAAGCGGAAGCCCUAUCGUCCCGAAUUAAUGAAGCCUACCGUGCGUUAGGGGAUCCAUUAGCUCGCGCGCAGUACCUUCUCGCCUCCCAGUAUGAUAUCGACGUGACAGCCGAGGAUGGCGCCAACAAACACCCGCAAAGCCCCGAGACCCUAAUGCAGGUGAUGGAGGUGCAGGAAGCCGUUGAGGAGGCAGAAGACGAGAACGUAAUCGCCGACUUGAAGGUGGAAAAUGAGGAGCGGAUUGCGCAGACGGUGAACGAAAUGGGUAAGGCUUUUGAGUCGGGCGAUAUCGACAGUGCUACGAAGCUGUGCUCUAAGCUUAAAUUCUGGUACACGAUUCGAACUGGACUGAGAGAAUGGGAACCGGGAACUAGAAGUGUCAGGCUGGUCCAUUGAGUGCUGGAGGAUGUGUUGAUGAUCAUGGGACGUAUAUUGGACGAAACCGACCUUGUAAAUAAUUGUACUUUUUUCUCAACUAGAAUGUAUACACAUGCCUAGAAUAGAGCUCGAAUACAGAAUUUUAUGCCAUUUAUUCCAAGUAUCUGUGAAGGUAUCAACACCUCCGUAAAUUAGCUAUAUUGUGGGUAUGACGUAUCAAUUGCAUUUGCCAGUCUGAUGAUGCUUGUUAUAACAACACCUCAACGCGCCAAACUCCGUCCACUCUUUUUCAACUCUCUCGACACACUUCGAUGGAGAAGUCUAACACCGGAUGGAUGGCCUUACGGGCAGGCUGAAACAGGCCGGCCUGGCCGUCUGGC